AGCUGCACUUCAGAGCAGGAGGAAGGACUUCUAGCCGCCAUGUUUUCUUUCUUGCUGUUAUUGUUUUUCAUCACUGCUUUUGGAACGGAUGUCACCAUACAGGCCGAUGUUUGCAGCGGUCCGCCAGGCCUUCCUGGAAGAGACGGUCUGACUGGUCGAGAUGGUAAGUGUGUAAUUGAGCUUGGAAUGUGUGAGCAGGCUGUUAAUGAAAUAUUACAGGAAUACAAGGCACUCCAGGCAGUCCUGGGAUACCAGGAAGAGGCGGUCUUGCGGGUUCCCGGGGCCUCCCAGGUGACAAAGGGGCAAAAGGAGAACCUGGAAUGGCUGCUCCAGUUUCUCCUGGAACAAGUGGUGUUACUUACAUUCAAUGGGGAAGGAAACAGUGUUCGGCAACUGGGGUACAAACUCUUUAUUCUGGAGUUGCUGCUGGGUCGCAUUACACUCACAGUGGAGGUGGAGCCAACACUCAGUGUCUUCCACUCAAUCCCAUAUGGGGAUAUUCUAAAAGUGGUGGUCAAGGAGCCAGUUAUAUUUAUGGAUCUGAGUAUCAACUCGAACAUGGCAUUCAACCAUUCAUCAAUAAAGGAUUGUAUGAACACGAUGUUCCUUGUGCUUUGUGUUAUGCUGCCACUAAGAACACUCAGUUCAUGUUACCAGCAAGGAACGUCUGUCCCAGUGGAUGGAGCAGGGCAUACUAUGGAUAUCUCAUGGCAGAACAUCAUGGUCAUUCAGGAAGAAACAUGUACGUGUGCGUCGACCACAAUGCAGAACCGACAGUCGGAAGUUCUCCAAACCAUAAUGGCAAUCUAUUUUAUCCUGUUGAAGGAGCAUGUGGAUCACUUCCUUGUCCUCCCUACGUAGAUGGUAAAGAGCUGACUUGCUCUGUGUGUCUCAAGUAAGCAACAACAUUAAAAACUCAAUUUUUAGUCAUAACGUUUGCACUAGCUACAUGUAGCAAGUCUCUUGGCUAUAUUCUGCCAGUACAAAAUCUACAGUACAGUCAUUAAUGUUCAAUACAUUUAGUGAAUUGAUGC